AUGUCUUCUUUCCACGCUACGCCGGUCUACGGUCUCCUGCUGUUGGUGAUCGUCUUGGGGUCAUCCUCGAUGGCUCGAGGUCGCGAAGGUGAUGUCGCCGAGGGCCUCGACUGCAAGUUUCGCUGCCCGCGGUCCCUGAGGCCCUCGCCUCGCGCCCAGUACAAGAGCUCUUCGAACGGCUGCGGCACCGAGGCCUUCCGGCUGCCGGCGUCGGCGCUGCCGCACCCGGACUUCGAGGCGUGCUGCAACGAGCACGACCUCUGCUACGACACGUGCCUGGCGGACAAGGGGCAAUGCGACGCGGCCUUCGACGCGUGCAUGCAGCGCGUCUGCGACACCAAGGUGGUGACCGGCAAGGACUCGUGCGUCUCGACGGCCAACCUGUUCAUGAGCUUGACCAAGAACCUGGGCUGCGACCCCUUCAUCAACUCUCAGAAGCAGGCGUGUGUGUGCAAAUCCGACGACGAACUGUAA